ACCUUGGUAGGCCCGCUCACGAGGUUCUUCCUUUCUCAGACACCACCUUCUCCGUGCGCGGAUGGACUGGUGAAGUGUAUCAACAUUCACAGAAGUUCAGCUGUUUGAGUUGUACAAAAGAACUGCCAAAAUGCCGGCGUAUUUUCAGCGCCCAGAGAAUGCUCUCAAACGAGCGAAUGAAUUUCUGGAGGUUGGUAAGAAACAGCCGGCCCUGGACGUUCUGUACGAUGUCAUCAAGAGUAAGAAACAUCGAACAUGGCAGAAGAUCCACGAGCCCAUCAUGCUCAAAUACCUGGAGCUCUGUGUGGAUCUUCGCAAGAGCCACCUGGCCAAGGAGGGCCUCUACCAGUACAAAAACAUCUGCCAGCAGGUGAACAUCAAAUCUCUGGAGGAUGUGGUUAGGGCUUACUUGAAGCUGGCGGAGGACAAGACUGAAACGGCAAAAGAGGAGUCACAGCAGAUGGUCCUGGAUAUCGAGGAUCUGGACAACAUACAGACUCCAGAGAGUGUACUCCUGAGCGCUGUGAGUGGAGAGGACACUCAGGAUCGUACUGAUCGGCUGCUCCUCACUCCCUGGGUGAAAUUUUUGUGGGAGUCCUACCGUCAGUGCCUGGACCUGCUCCGAAACAACUCCAAGGUGGAGCGCCUUUACCAUGACAUCGCCCAGCAAGCAUUUAAAUUCUGCCUUCAAUACACCCGAAAAGCCGAGUUUCGUAAGUUGUGUGACAACCUGCGAAUGCAUCUGGGUCAGAUCCAGCGACACCACAACCAGAGCACUGCCAUCAACUUGAACAACCCUGAGAGCCAGUCCAUGCACCUGGAGACACGUCUGGUGCAGCUUGACAGUGCCAUAAGCAUGGAGCUCUGGCAGGAAGCAUUCAAGGCUGUUGAGGACAUCCAUGGUUUGUUUGCUCUUUCCAAGAAGCCACCAAAACCUCAGCUUAUGGCCAACUACUACAACAAGGUCUCUACUGUGUUUUGGAAAUCUGGUAAUGCUCUUUUCCACGCUGGCACCCUCCAUCGCCUUUAUCAUCUUUCCAGAGAGAUGCGCAAGAAUCUCACCCAAGAGGAAAUGCAACGGAUGUCCACUAGAGUACUUCUGGCUACUCUCUCCAUUCCCAUUACGCCUGAGCGCACAGAUAUUGCUCGGCUUUUGGAUAUGGAUGGCAUCAUUGUGGAAAAACACCGCCGGCUGGCAACCCUACUGGGCCUACAGGCACCACCAACCCGCCAAAGUCUAAUCAAUGACAUGGUAAGAUUCAACUUGUUGCAGUAUGUGGUGCCCGAGGUCAAAGAACUUCACAGCUGGCUUGAAGUUGACUUUAAUCCCUUGAAGCUCAGUGGUAGAGUAACUAAGGUGCUGAAUUGGGUGAGAGACCAGGGUGAUGAGUUGUCUGACCUUCAACAAUAUGUCCCUCACUUGCAGAACAACACCAUAUUGCGUCUCCUGCAACAAGUUGCACAGAUCUAUCAAAGCAUCGAGUUCAGUCGUCUGGCGUCUCUUGUCCCAUUUGUGGAUGCAUUCCAGCUCGAACGCUCCAUUGUGGAUGCUGCCAGGCACUGUGAUCUGCAGGUCCGAAUCGACCACACCUCUCGGACAUUGAGUUUUGGCUCUGACCUGAAUUAUUCGACUAAGGAGGAUGCUCCACUUGGUCCCUUCCUGCAAAACAUGCCCUCUGAGCAAAUAAGAAACCAGCUGACUGCCAUGUCUUCCUCUUUGGCUAAAGCCCUGCAGAUCAUCAAACCUCCCUCCACGCUGCAAGAGCGUGAGGAGCAGAGUCAGCGGGCCAUAGCAGCUUAUUUGAAAAAUGCCCGCAAGGAUCAUCAGCGCAUCCUGGCCCGCAGACAGACUAUUGAAGAGCGUAAGGAGCGCCUAGAGAGCCUGAACAUACAGCGUGAGAAGGAGGAACUAGAGCAGCGGGAGGCAGAGCUGCAGAAGGUCCGCAAGGCGGAGGAGGAGCGUUUGCUCCAGGAGGCUAAAGAGAGGGAGAAGGAGCGCAUUAUGCAAGAGCAUGAGCAGAUCAAGAAAAAGACAGUGCGUGAACGGCUGGAGCAAAUUAAAAAGACAGAGUUGGGAGCCAAGGCCUUCAAAGAUAUUGACAUUGAGGACUUGGAGGAACUGGAUCCUGACUUCAUCAUGGCAAAGCAGGUAGAGCAGCUGGAGAAGGAGAAGAAAGAACUUCAAGAGCGUCUGAAGAACCAGGAAAAAAAGAUUGACCACUUUGAGAGGGCAAAACGACUAGAGGAAAUUCCUCUUAUCAUUAAGGCCUACGAGGAGCAGCGUGUCAAGGACAUGGAACUGUGGGAAAUCCAGGAGGAGGACAGGAUCAGCAACAUGAAAGUGGAACGAGAAAAGGCUCUGGAGCACAAGAAGCGCAUGUCCCGCAUGAUGGAGGACAAGGAAAAGUUUUUGUCUGAAAUAACUGCUGCUCGUAGCUUCAUUUAUGAGGAGAAACUGGAAACAUUCCAGAAGCGGUUGGUGGAAGAAAGGCGCGAUCGUCUGGAGGAAAGGAAGAGGCAACGUAAAGAGGACAGACGUAAGGCUUACUACCUGCAGAAAGAGGAAGAGGCACAGCGUAUCCAUGAGGAAAGUCUCAAAAAAGAGCGUGAGGAGCGUGAACGCAUUGAACAGGAGCAGCGAGAGGAGGAGGAGAGGGAAUAUCAAGAGCGCCUUCGCAAGCUCGAAGAGCAGGAACGAAAGCAACGUGCUCGUCAGCAGGAGAUCGAAGAGCGUGAACGCCGUCGUGAAGAAGAGAGACGCACUGUCCCAGACGACAAAUCAAAGGAAUGGACUAGUGAAAAAGAGGAGGGAGGAUGGCGGAAGCGCACUGAACCAGAAUCAGAACGGCAACGUCCCGUACCUGACAGGGAAUGGAGACAAGAAGGUCAAGAGAAUGACAAGGAAGAGAGAGAGACACCCUUCCGGCAAGGAGAAGGUUUGCGCCGAGGUGGAGAUGACCGAGGACCUCGUAGAGGUUUUGAUGACGAUCGAGGUCCCAGGCGUGGAUUUGACGAAGAAAGAGGUUCAUCCCGGGGCACGGAUGACGACCGGCCUCCUCGUCGUGGCAUGGAUGACGACCGGCCUCCUCGUCGUGGCAUGGAUGAAGACCGGCCUCCUCGUCGUGGCAUGGAUGACGACCGACCUCCUCGUCGUGGCAUGGAUGACGACCGGCCUCCUCGCCGUGGCAUGGAUGACGACCGGCCUCCUCGCCGUGGCAUGGAUGACGACCGGCCUCCACGGCGGGGCAUGGAUGACGAUUGGCAUUCACGCCGGGGCAUGGAUGACUCCAGGGGUCCCAGGCGUGAUGAUGACUGGGGACCUAGAAGAGGAGACGACGAUAGAAGUGGAAGAAGAGAUGAUGGUCCUCGCCGGGGUGUUGAUGAAGCCAAACCCUGGAAGCCACUCAGUAGGCCAGGCGGUUGGCGUGAGCGAGAGAAGGCUAGAGAGGAGAGCUGGGGGCCUCCUCGGGGUGGUGCCCGUGAUGACCAAGAUGAUAGAAUGGAACGACCCAGCGACCGCUUCAGAGAUCGUCCCAGAGAGGACAAUCCAUGGAGGAGAUCAGAAGAAGGAGGCAGUUGGAGAGAUUCUCGCAGAGAAGACGCUGAUCGUGAUGACCGCCGACGUGAUCGAGACCGCCGUGAUGAUCUUCCACCCAGAGCCCCACUAAGAGAUCAAAAUGAUGGAAGCACCUGGCGACGCGGAGGUGAAGACAAGCGUGAGGGACAAGACAAGCAUGAGGAGCAAGACAAGCCCAAGGAGAAAGAGAGUGAGCAUGACGGAGAGCCUGUGGAAGACAAGAACUGGCGUUCAGACAAAGAUAAUAUUCGUCGCAUCAAGAACGAGACCGACGAUGAUGGUUGGACCACUGUACGUCGCUAAGGUCCAUCCAUUUGCUCCCGGAAUAGUUAAUUGAUCAUGUCGGAAUAGUCUUUAAUAUCUCAUAUCCCUAAUUUCAAUAUACAAGCUUCCUGUGCAUUACUGUCUGAAUUAAAUGUCUUGAGUUUCCCUGGAGAUGGCUUUUCUUUUUAAUACUGACAGGCUUUCAGCAGUUCUGAAAAAUGAAUUAUUGUAAACCCUUGUUGACAAUGCUGCCCCUUAGUGGACAGGAGUGUUAUUCUCCCAAAUAAUAGACAAAAGGACUCAUCAAUAUAUAGCAAUCUCGGUGAAUCACCAACUGCCUCUUUUAAACUUGUAACUGCCGUGUUGUCACAUGAUGGCACUACACACAGGAUACUUGCUUCAGUGUCAUGCUUCUUAAUAUGUUUAAUGAGUGAAAUACCAAUUUUGAAGUGCAUGCUUAUGAGUACUACAUAUGUUUCAUCUGAUAGUUUGCUCUUGACUCACUGCAUUCAAUAGUGUCACACUAUUUUGCAUGUGAAUUGAUACAAUCCUUUAUUAAAAUGUGUGUGCUCCAA